UCGCCUGUUAGGCAAAGAUCAACAGUCCGCAGCCUACACAGGUGGCCUUGAGGAAUAGGGCAGGGAGUCGUUAUCAUAUCACUUGGAAGAAUGUUGUUGUUCUCCUCGGCGUCAACCUUCAAGCAGCUGGCGCGGUCGGGGAUGGGGUUAUAGCUGCAUUAGAGAUGGAGGUAACUGGUGUAGGGCGAACGAACUGCAUCCAUUUUUCAGGCUCCCCAGAGUGCAAAAACCCAAGGAGGACCACCGGAGAGGAAACCGCGCCACCCUCCUGGAAAGAGCUGAGGAGAGCCCCAGACGUGGGGUCACCCAGCAAUCACGGUGCAGAAGCCACAGAGGGCCGUAGUGACGAGCCCGCAGGCCCAGCAGGCAGCCUCCCGCACCAGAGCGGACCGAGCUGGGGUCCCAGAAGCCUAAGGACCGAGGGCACCCCACCCCCCAGAGGGGGCCUGACCCAGCCACGGGCGCCAGGCCCGUUAAUGUUUAAUGAAAGUAAAAUGACACAGUUUCUUUUCUGAUGUUUUGCAGAGGUAAACAAGAUGAAUAAAUAUGCAGUGGAUGUAACUCUGGAUCCUGCUACUGCUGCUGGCUGGGUGGUCCUGUCCCCGGAUGGUAAAAAGGUGAGCCUGAGCUCCCAGCAGUGGAGGAACCCGCUACCUGACGACCCCCGCAGGUUCAACUCCUGCGUCGCUGUGCUGGGAAAACAAAGCUUCACAUCUGGGAAACGUUACUGGGUGGUUCAGGUUGGGGACAAAAGAGACUGGGAUCUUGGGGUGGCCCGGGAGUCCAUCAACAGGAAGGGUGCCAUCACAAUUUGCCCUGACAACGGUUACUGGGCGAUAUGCUGACGUAGCGGUGGUAGCCUGUGCGCCUGCGCUGGACCUUCCGUCACCCUUCACCUUAAAGAAAUUCCUCAGAAAGUCGGUAUAUUCCUGGACUAUGACGAAGGCUCGGUUUCCUUCUACAACACAGAGGCAAAGACUCACAUUUAUACUUACAGUGGGCUCACUUUCACCGAGCCGCUGUAUCCGUACUUUAACCCCUGCAUACAUGACACCGGGAAGAACACGGCCCCGCUGGUUAUCUGCCCGAUCGAGGCUGGGAUCACUGUAGACACUUCAGCACGUUGAACAAGAGACUCGGAGGAUCCUUGUUAAAACCUCAAGAGUAUCCACAUUAGUUGUCUGGAUAAGUUGUAAUCUGUAAAUGCAAACAAAAGGCACUUGGAGCAGAACGAAAGACCAAGAACAGGAGAAAAUAUUCUCCUGAAUUUGUACGUGCUUUGUCUCUAGGGGCCACCGUAAAUAUACUUUUAUUUAUUCACUCCACAUAAAAUGUAAUAAAUAACUAUUUAACAUUUCAACUUUUAACUAUUUAAAUU